AUGACCGAGACGAUGCUCCCACAGCCAGUGAGCACAACUUCUUAUCACAGACGCCUCUUUGGAUCGGUCAGUACUACCAAUGCGCUCCCUGAACCUCAGGACAAGAGUGCCAUGGAUAAACUCUUGGAGCAAGAACUCAUCGGUCAAGUUCUGUGGGAAGAAAAGUCUCUCCCCCAAGAUGCCGAGUCUAUUAUGGAUGCCCUCAUCCUAGACACCAAUUUCACACCAACAUCUCUCAGCAAGAUUCACUAUUCAGUAUCCGGGCCAGGAGAGAAGAAGGUUCAGGGAGUGCCUGUCUUUCAUCCUGCUAGUCGUGGCAUGGGCGGGGUGUGGCAACUUGAUAAGAGAAAUGUCUGGCCGAGGCUGCUGGUAAACAGCAGGCAGAAGACACAGAGGGGACAGAAGACACAACCGCACGCACAGAUGAGCAAGGCGGUGGUGGUGACUGACACAGAAGUGGAUUCAGAUUCCUCUUUCACAUCGCCCGAAACCAACAAGAGCUUCGGUGCCAAAGGAUAUGACGACAAGAACCCCAACAAAAAGCGUCAGAGGGCAUCGGCGACAUCGGAGGGCAAGUGGACUUUGCUCUUCAAUGCUGUACAAGCUGCCAUGCACAUAAUGUACGCGAAGAUCUUCCCGAACCCCUCAGCUGCAUUCCCCUUUUGUCCCAUGGACAUUACCAGCGGCCUGCCGAAGCGUAUCUGGUCCUCCCAAUUCUCUAACUCUGCCGUCCCGGAUGACACAAACGCACAGAAGCCAGACAUUAUUCUGGUGGAUUACAAUCUGCGUAGCCUCCCAUUGCGAUGGUGUAACAUUAUCACAUGUUUCGAGCUCACUGAAAGCUCACUGUCCUCGACCUCAAAAUUGUAUUGGGGUAGCGCCACUAAAGGGUAUCUGAUAAUGCGAGAGCAACCCUGGCGCCGGUUUGUCUUGAUUUUCAGCAUCGCCCAUAAUGAGCUUCGUCUUCACUACUUCAAUCGCUCAGGUCUCAUAAUUUCACGCCCCACCUCCAUUGUUGCAAAACCUGUGCGUCUUCUUGAGGUUUUGAACACCUUGACGCUCGCGCACACCAACACCCUCGGGUAUGAUCCCACAAUGCACAUGUGCGACCCUGCCUGCAAGGGCACGCAUCUUGAUCUGAGGGAGAACACGAUUGGUUGGAUAGAGGGUCCUGAUGAAGCCCGUCUAUCAAUCAUAAAUGUGCUUUGGCGAAGCCAAGGUUUUUUUUCUCGUGGGACCAUUUGCUAUCGCAUUCAGACCUCGUCUGGGGUGGAGUACGCACUCAAAGACUGUUGGGUCGCCAAGGACAAGAGAUACCAUGAGGUUACCGUUCUCCGGAUGGUUGAAGGCAUCCCAAAUGUAGUUAGGCUUGUGGCCGAUUGGGAUGUCCUCUAUGAUGGGGAGCUGGACUGCACGCAUCGUAUUCGAGCCUCCCAUGGUAUGCAUACCUUGGGGUUCAUUCGCAGAUUUCACCGGCGCCUUCUUUUGACCCCCUGCGGAGAGCCGCUCUUAUCCUACUCCUCCAAGUCCAAGCUGUUGAGAUCCUUCUAUGACUUUGUAAGGGGGUAUUAUAUCGACUUUGAUCAUGCUGGGAUUACUCAAGGCUCCAAGAAUAUUCGUUCACAGGGCACGGGCACUAAACCCUAUAUGUUGAUCCGUCUUCUGCGGGAGGAUGUUGAUAACCAAAAGAAGGAGGUGAUGAUCGAACACACAGCAAGCGAUGAUCUGGAGUCACUGUUUUAUAUCUUCGUCGAAUUUGCAACCACCUUCGACGGGCCAUGCGGUGUAACGAGAGAUCAGAACAGGCGGCCCUUGUGGGUUGAGCACUAUGAAGUCAUGGGCUCCACUUCCUGGGUAUCCAAGCAGGGAUAUGUACUCUCACCGCUUGUCGACAGGUCGUUGAUGACAAAAACAACGCCAUUCUUUGGACCAUUCAGUCAAAUCAUACAGGAAUGGCGUCAUUUAAUCCUAGCAGCAGCGAGCGAGACAAACGACUCCUCCCCCGGUGUGACUCAUGCGGCGCUCGCGACGCUCCUGGGAAAGUGGAUCACCCAGCUCCCCCCAGAUUUGCCCGAAGAAAUUCCUGUGCCCAUGGCAUCAUCGUCGAGAUUGGCACAUCCUCCACCUGACACCCAAUCAUCUGCGGGCCCUCGUCGUUCUGCGCGCAUCCAACAGAGAUCGUGA